AUGCGGAUGGGAGAUGACAACCCACGUUUAAGUGGGCUGAUGAUGGACAAGAUCAAAAGUCUGGUUUGCAUGAAGUCUAGUACUUCCGUGGUUGAACUUGUUAUGCUGCUUUGUUCACAGUUCUGCUGUAGAGUUUUCAUAAUCUGCUGUUCCUUUUCCUGCAGGAGUGUGGUCGUGCCAGUGAAGAAGCCUCCACCAGGUAGCCUGGCUGUGACCACAGUUGGAGCUGCCACAGCGGGGAGCGGGCUGCCACCGGGUAGUACACCUAAUAUCUUUGCUGCAACAGGAGCUACACCAAAAAGUAUGAUUAAUACAACAGGUGCAGUAGACUCAGGAUCUUCUUCUUCCUCUUCGUCAUCCAGCUUUGUGAAUGGUGCUACCAGCAAAAAUCUCCCAGCUGUCCAAACUGUUGCUCCAAUGCCAGAGGAUUCAGCUGAAAAUAUGAGUAUCACGGCAAAGCUUGAGAGAGCCUUAGAAAAGGUGGCCCCUCUCCUGCGAGAAAUUUUUGUUGAUUUUGCCCCUUUUCUAUCCCGAACAUUAUUGGGCAGUCACGGACAAGAGCUGUUGAUUGAAGGUACUGUUUCUGUUAUUACAAGAUUAUAUUUUUUUUAGCUAUUAGAAGAUUGA